GCCGCCGCCGCCGCCGCCGCCGCCGCCCCCGCCUCCGCUGCCGACGCCUCCGCCUCCGCCGCUACCGCCGCGUUUGGGUGUAGAAUUAGGAAUUCCUGCGCCUCGUUAACAAUGAAGCAGAGUUCGAACGUGCCGGCUUUCCUCAGCAAGCUGUGGACGCUUGUGGAGGAAACCCACACGAACGAGUUCAUCACCUGGAGUCAGAAUGGCCAAAGCUUUCUGGUUUUGGAUGAACAAAGAUUUGCAAAAGAAAUUCUUCCCAAAUAUUUCAAGCACAAUAACAUGGCAAGUUUUGUAAGGCAACUGAAUAUGUAUGGUUUUCGUAAAGUAGUACAUAUUGACUCUGGAAUUGUGAAGCAAGAACGAGAUGGUCCUGUUGAAUUUCAGCAUCCUUACUUCAAACAAGGCCAGGAUGACUUGUUGGAGAACAUUAAAAGGAAGGUUUCAUCUGCAAAACCAGAAGAAAAUAAAAUUCGUCAGGAAGAUUUAACAAAAAUUAUAAGUAGUGCUCAGAAGGUUCAAAUAAAACAAGAAACUAUUGAGUCCAGGCUUUCUGAAUUAAAAAGUGAGAAUGAGUCCCUUUGGAAGGAGGUGUCAGAAUUACGAGCAAAACAUGCACAACAGCAACAAGUUAUUCGAAAGAUUGUCCAGUUUAUUGUUACAUUGGUUCAGAAUAACCAACUUGUGAGUUUAAAACGUAAAAGACCUCUACUUCUAAACACUAAUGGAGCUCAAAAGAAGAAUUUGUUUCAGCACAUAGUGAAAGAACCAGCUGAUAAUCACCAUCAUAAAGUUCCACACAGUAGGACUGAAGGUUUAAAGCCAAGGGAGCGGAUUUCAGAUGAUAUCAUUAUUUAUGACGUUACUGAUGAUAAUGCAGAUGAAGAAAAUAUCCCAGUUAUUCCAGAAACUAAUGAGGAUGUUAUAUCUGAUCCCUCCAACUGUAGCCAGUACCCUGAUAUUGUCAUUGUUGAAGAUGACAAUGAAGAUGAAUAUGCACCUGUCAUUCAGAGUGGAGAUCAGAGUGAACCAGCCAGAGAAUCCCUAAGUUCAGGCAGUGAUGGUACCAGCCCUCUCAUGUCUAGCGCCGUCCAGCUAAAUGGCUCAUCUAGUCUGACCACAGAAGAUCCUGUGACCAUGAUGGAUUCCAUUUUAAAUGAUAACAUCAAUCUUUUGGGAAAGGUUGAGCUGUUGGAUUAUCUUGACAGUAUUGAUUGCAGUUUAGAGGACUUCCAAGCCAUGCUGUCAGGAAGACAGUUUAGCAUAGACCCAGAUCUCCUGGUCGAACUUUUCACUAGUUCUGUGCAGAUGAAUCCCACAGAUUACAUCAAUAAUACAAAAUCCGAGAAUAAAGGAUUAGAAACCAAGAGCAAUGUAGUUCAGCCAGUUUCAGAAGAGGGAAGAAAAUCUAAACCCAAAACAGAUAAGCAGCUUAUACAGUACACUGCCUUUCCACUUCUUGCAUUCCUCGAUGGGAACCCUGCUUCUACUGUUGAACAGGGGAGUACAGCAUCAUCAGAAGUUAUGUCCUCUGUAGAUAAACCCAUAGAAGUUGAUGAGCUUCUGGACAGCAGCUUGGACCCAGAACCAACCCAAACUUGAUGCAGAGGAGUAUGUGGCUUCCGAGUAUACACAGGAGAAGGGAGAAACCUGGCUUCCUGAAUCGCCGCUUAGAGGAGAGCCACCCAUCAAUCCUGGAUAUUCAUUUAGACUUCAGGUGGGGCAGGGAGGGGGGGGACAAACCUUUAUUAUAUUCUGUCUCUGAAUUUUGGGGGACUGAUCUGUUAGAGAUUUUAGUGUUUGUUAAUAGAAUAUAGUCCAAAUUUUGAUGAACUGUUAAACAUACAAAGUAAAAUUUUACCAGAAACACAUCUUUUUGUGGGGUGAACAGAUCUCAGGGAUUUUUUUUUCCCCAGAUGUUUUAUUAUCUGGGGGUAAGUUUAUAUCAAUAUAAUAAGAGCAUCAAUUUUUUUUGUUUUUAGAGUCCUAAGAAACUUUUAUAAUAUAAAGAAGAGAUUUUGUUACAGCAGUGUCACUCAAUUAUUUGAAGUCCUUCAGAAUUCACUAAGUAUUUUAAAAUUUAUUAGCUGGUAAUUUCAUUAGAUCAUCCUGAUUCAAUUUCAUUGAAAGAAAUAAUCACCUAAAGAUUUUUUAAACCAGUGUCGUUCUCUUACCAAUAUUUAAAAUUGUUUCUACUUCUGUGUUUAGCGGUUUUAUCCAAAGUGCCUUGGUAUUAAGACUCAGAAUGAAUUAAGAGGUAUUAUAUAUCCUUUGUUUUGUCAAAUGUGAAAAGAGUAAUUGUUAAGAGGGAUGAUGCCUUGUCCUGAGGCAUCUUUUCAAGCACAUCAACUUUAGGAAAUUUCCAUGUACGCAUGGAAAUUGAACAUCUGGAAACUGAUUCCUUUAAAAGUAACCUAACUUGUGUUUACUGCAGAAAGUCUGUGUGCUGUUUGGAAAACAAAUAGCAUAGUAUGAAUACUUUAGAGGGUACCCCUCAUCUUUAUCCCACCUCCAAGCUUCUUUUGCCUCAGUGGGAUACAAGUAGGCCCACAGGAGAGCCUGUGACUUACAGCUAAGUGUUCUUUUGGGGUGUGUCACUGUGUGUUUCAUAGGGAUGGUAUAUACUCAGGAAUUUAGAGGCUGAAGUGUGAGAACAAAAGGUCCACAGACUGGGAAAAUGACACAUGAUGAACAUACAUAAAAUGCUACAUUUGAGAAUUAGAGCCUAAUUGAAAUAUCAAGCAUACAUGAAAUAUUUUGAGAAUCAGUUGCAUAUUAGGCCAUAAAGCAAGUCAAAUUUCAGGGAAUUGGUUUCAAACAGAGUAACUACAAUACAAAUAAGCUAGACCUUGACAAUUUUGAGGUGUACUGGCAUGAUAUUUUGUAGUGCUCCUCAAUUUGGGGUUACCUGAUGUUUCUUCCCAUUAGACUGGGAUUAUGGGUUUUGGGAAAGAUCAUAGAAGUGAAGUGCCACUUUCAACACAUGAAAGGUAAAUGCUAUCAACCUGAUUUUUUCACUGCUGAUGUUAACCUUGACUUACUAGAUUGAGCCCAAAGCUUCUGUAAUACCUCUUGUGCAGUCUCAAAACGAACCCAAGCAGCCCGAUUUUGGACUUGUCAGCCUCUGUAUUGUACACACACACAAACACAUACCCUAUUGGUCUGUCUCUCUGGAACAGGAUAGUACUAAAAAGGGUGGAACAAUGGCCAAAUAGUGACAAGUUGUCUAUUUAGGUCUUCUGCCCAUUUUUUGAUUGGUGUUUUUUUUUUUAAUAUUAAGCUGUAUGAGCUGUUUGUAUGUUUUGGAAAUUAAUCCCAUGUCAGUAGCAUCACUUGCAAAUAGUUUCUCCCAUUCUGCAGUUUGUCUUUUGUUUAUGGUUUCCUUUGCUGUGCAAAUGCUUUUAAGUUAAAUUAGGUCACAUUCACUUACUUUUAUUUCCAUUACUCUAGGAGACGGGUCCAAAAAAGUGCUGCAGUUUAUGUCAGUGUUUUGCCUAUGUUUUCCUCUAGGAGUUUUUAUAUUACCUGGUCUUACAUUAGGUCUUUAAUCCAUUUUAUUUUUGUAUAUGGUAUUAAACAAUGUUCUAAUUUCAUUCUUUUACAUGUAGCUGUCCAGUUUUCCCAGCACCACUUACUGAAGAGACUGUCUUUUCUCCAUUGUAUAUUCUUGCCUUUGUCAUAGACUGUCCACAAGUGUGUGGGUUUAUUUCCAGGCUAUCCUGUUCCAUUGAUCUAUGUGUCUUUUUGUCCCAGUGCCAUACUGCUUUGAUUACUGUAGCUUUGUAGUAUAGUCUGAAAUCAGGGAACGUGAUUCCUCCAGCUCAUUUUCUUUUUCAAGAUUGUUUUGGCUAUUCGGGGCUUUUUGUGUUUCCAUACAAAUUAAAAUUUUUUUCUGUUCCAGUUCUGUGAAGAAUGCCAUUGGCAAUUUGAUAGGGAUUGCAUUGAAUCUGUAGGUUGCUGUGGGUAGUAUGGUCAUUUUAAUACUGAUUCUUCCAAGCCAAGAACAUGGUAUAUCUUUCCAUCUGUUUGUGUUGUCUUCAGUUUCCCUCAUCUGCAUCUUAAGUUUUCAGAGUACAGGUCUUUUGCCUCUUUAGGUAGGUUUAUUUCUAGGUAUUUUAUUCUUUUUGAUGCAAAGGUAAAUGGGAUUGUUUCUUUAAUUUCUCUUCCUGAUAUUUCAUUGUUAUGGAAUAGAGCAUUUUAUUAUUAUUAUUUUUAAUACGAUCUAUCUUAAUUGUCAGAGAAAGAAGCAUCAGUUGGCCACUCAGGGAAAAAAUGCCUGGAGGACACAGCAAGUGUAGAGUAUCUAUCAAUCAAAUGAAUUAAAAAUAUUUUCCAAACUUAACUGGUCUCCCUCCUGAAGGUUCUUUAGGAGAACACCUCUUGAAUUACCUUUGAGAUCCACUCAGGAGUUUCUUACAGAGGACCAAAAAAGGGUAAAUAUCACCUUAAAAACAACUCAGUUUUUCAGCACAGAAAAUGGUCAGUUAACCCUCAGUGUCACGUACACAGGAAGAAAGUAGAUCUGAAUAUUAUACCACCUAAAUUCAAACUGCUAAAGAAUUAAUACACCACACACUUUCUCUGAAUUCAUUUAUUUAAAGAUAGAACACAGCCAUUUGAAAUCAUGAACACAAUAUCAACACAGGUGGGAAAUUAAAUUGUUAUACUUCAUUCACAUUAAUAAAUAUGGUAAAAGAAGUAAAUGUAGAUUUUAAGAUUCAUUAAGACACUAAUCACACAAGUAACUAAGAGUUUCUACCUAAGUUAACACUGAUACUGCUUGAUUUUCAGGUUGAAAGAUUAUAAUCUAUAUAUUUCAAUUGGAUGGCAGCAAAUACAAAAGCAUCUUUUGAACUGUAUAGUAUACUGUAAGCAGGGGUUUACAGCAGUCCAUCAUUCUCCUGGCCUGUGUGUAGAAGGCAUGCUGGACACCAGCAACUCACAUCACAUAAAUUAUCCACCACUCACAAGGUGUAAAAUCUAUUAUGCAUAUAUUUGAAUAGUAAUUAUUUUUGAAUGGCAGAAAGAAUGCCAGUUGUUUUGACAGACUUGGGGUUUCCCAGCUUUGCCACUGAUAAGCUGUGUUUAAGCCUAUGCUUCAGUUUCUUUUUUUUUUUUUUUUUUGCGGUACACGGGC